UCAAGAUCUCGCAUCGUCAACACGACUCGAUUGAUUCCUUUUAAAAUAUUUCAUUUAACCACCAAAUUCAGAGUGCGGAUGAAGGCAACAGCACAUAUGUCUAUCACAUCAGCGUCACCGUGCAUAUCGCUACACAAGCCAGGCGGGAGUCCUCUUCCCGUGUAGUCGAGCGGGUGUGUGCUGGUGAGGGAGCUAGCUAAUACCUUACUCUCCCGCUAUAUGUCUCGUCUGCCUUUCGUCAGCCUUCGUCGUGUCGGUUCUCAAGUUUAGCCGGUGGAGGGGUUUAGCCUGAAGAAUCAUUAGACUUCUCCCUGGACAUAGGAUCGUAAAAACAUCCUAGAAUCGGAUCUGUCCCAGGCAGCCAGACGGAAACCAUUCUACCUUGCUUCUGUGUGAGUACGGGCUGUGUUAGAGAAUCGCUAUACUGACUGACGAGCCCGGAGAACACGUUAUUCUGCAUGGGAUACACCAUGGGAUUUUAAAUAUUUCAGGAUCACGGUGGCAGGGUAAACAGCAAUCAUGACGGAAAUUGAACAGAUGGCGAACAAUGUGGUUCGCUGGGAACCGAUGGAUGAUGAUUUUGACGCCGGUAACAACUCCUCCCGCCUUUUUGAAAGAUCCAGAAUCAAGGCUCUUGCAGAUGAAAGAGAACUAGUACAGAAGAAAACUUUCCAAAAAUGGGUAAAUUCUCAUUUGGUGCGCACAGGAAAUCGCAUCAGCGAUUUAUAUGUGGAUCUCAGAGAUGGCAAGAUGUUGAUGAAGCUCUUGGAAGUCCUGUCUGGAGAAAGAUUGCCUCGACCAACAAAAGGCAAGAUGAGAAUCCAUUGUUUGGAAAAUGUAGACAAAGCCCUAACCUUCCUACACGAACAGCGUGUACAUCUAGAAAAUAUGGGAGCCCAUGAUAUUGUUGAUGGCAGCUCCAGACUUACACUGGGUUUAAUAUGGACCAUCAUCUUACGAUUCCAGAUCCAAGAUAUCACAAUAGAGGAGACUGACAACAGUGAAACCAAGUCUGCUAAAGACGCCCUACUUCUAUGGUGCCAAAUGAAGACUGCUGGAUACCCUAACGUCAAUGUCCGCAACUUCACAACCAGUUGGAAAGAUGGCCUUGCCUUCAAUGCCAUUAUUCACAAACACAGGCCAGACCUCAUCCAGUAUGAAAAACUUCAGAAGUCCAAUGCCAUGCACAACCUGGAUAAUGCCUUCACAGUUGCUGAGGAUAAGCUUGGUCUCACGAGACUCCUUGAUCCAGAGGAUGUCAAUGUUGAGUACCCUGAUGAGAAGUCCAUCAUCACCUAUGUUGUCACCUACUACCACUACUUCUCCAAGAUGAAGGCAGACUCUGUGCAGGGAAAGAGAAUCGGCAAAGUCAUUGACAAUGCCAGAGACACCGAUUCAAUGACCAAUGAGUAUGAAGGUCUGACCUCAGACCUGCUGGAAUGGAUCGAACAGACAAUUGUCAUACUGAAUGAUCGUCAGUUUGCCAACUCACUGACUGGAGUCCAGCAGCAGUUGUCUGCAUUCAACACUUACAGAAUGGUAGAAAAACCACCCAAAUUUGAUGAGAAGGGAAACCUCGAAAUCCUUCUGUUCACCCUUCAGAGCAAGAUGCGUGCAAACAACCAACGGCCAUAUUUGCCAAAGGAGGGGAAAAUGGUUUCGGACAUAAACAAAGCCUGGGAGAAGCUGGAGAAAGCUGAACACGAGAGAGAACUUGCACUGAGGGAGGAGUUGAUCAGACAAGAGAAACUUGAGCAACUAGCUGCCAGAUUUGACCGCAAAGCAGGUAUGCGCGAGACAUGGUUGAGUGAGAACCAGAGACUUGUUUCUCAAGACAACUUUGGCCGUGACCUACCUGCAGUUGAAGCUGCCACCAAGAAACAUGAAGCCAUUGAAACGGACAUCAACGCCUAUGAGGAGCGUGUGCAGGCUGUUGUUGCAGUGGCAUCAGAACUUGAACAGGAGAACUAUCAUGACAUUGACAGGAUAAAUGCACGAAAAGAUAAUGUGCUGAGACUAUGGAACUACCUGCUGGAGCUUCUGCGCACUCGUCGCAUGAGGCUGGAGCUGACACUGAACCUGCAGAAGAUCUUCCAGGAGAUGCUCUACAUCCUGGACUGGAUGGAGGAGAUUAAGGCCCGUCUUAUGUCUGAGGACUAUGGCAAGCACCUGAUGGGUGUAGAGGAUCUCCUGCAGAAGCACAGCCUGCUGGAAGCAGACAUCCAUGUAGUGGGAGAGAGAGUAAAAACUGUCAACAAUUCAGCCACCCGCUUUAUUGAUGACGACUUCCAGGAAGUUGGAGGAUACCGUCCAAGUGACCCAGAAGUGGUCAGAGAACGCAUGUCCACCCUGGAAUCUGCAUAUGAUGAACUGAAAACACUUGCUGAGGAGAGACGAUCUCGUCUGGAGGAGUCUCGCAAGCUGUGGCAGUUCUACUGGGAUAUGGCAGACGAGGAAGGAUGGAUCAGGGAGAAGGAACAACUUAUGUCAUCACCAGACCUUGGACAUGACCUCACCAGUGUUCACCUGCUACUGAAUAAGCAAAAGGCAAUGGAGGAUGAGAUGACCGCCCGCCACAGUCAUCUCCAGUCAGUCCUCCAAGUCGGAGACGAUCUCAUUUCUGCAGGCAAUUUCGGUGCUGACAAGAUUCAGCAACGCAUCGAUGAGAUCAACCAGCAGUGGGAGAGCCUGAUGGACCUCGCUAAAUACCGCAGAAAGCGACUUGUUGAGGCUGUGGACUUCUACCAGUUCUUCGCUGAUGCUGAUGAUGUUGACACCUGGAUGGUUGACACCUUACGUCUGGUGUCCAGCGAAGAUGUUGGCAAGGACGAAGCCAGUGUUCAGUCGCUCCUCAAGAAACACAAGGAUGUGACUGAGGAACUCAAGAACUACCAGAGUGUUAUUGAGAGUCUACAUGAACAAGCAGCCAGUUUGGGAGAACAGGAUCGUGAGUCUCCUGAUGUCCAGAGUCGAUUGGGUAGUAUUGACCGUCGCUACCAGGAACUUCUGGAACUGGCUAAACUGCGGAAGCAGAGACUGCUCGAUGCGCUGUCUCUGUACAAACUCUUCAAUGAGACUGAUGGUGUGGAAACAUGGAUUGAUGAGAAGGAGAAAUUCUUGAGCACAAUCAUUGUAUCUGAUGACAUUGAAGAGCUUGCAAUAAUGAAGCAUCGUUUCGAGAGCUUUGAGAACGAGAUGAAUGCCUCUGCCUCAAAGGUCGCUGUUGUUAAUCAACUUGCUCGCCAACUACUCCAAGUUGAGCAUCCCAAUGCUGAGGAUGUCAUUGGCAGACAGAACCAACUUAACCAAGGCUGGAACAACCUUAGAACACUUGUGGACCAGAAACGUGAUGAAAUCAACCUUGCUCAUGGACUUCAGAACUUCCAUAUUGAGUGCAAUGAAACAAUUAGCUGGAUUCAUGAGAAGAGCAAGAUUAUCGAAUCAACUGAUGAUCUUGGAAAUGACCUGGCUGGAGUUAUGACUUUACAGCGCAGACUCAGCGGCAUGGAGAGAGAUUUGGCUGCCAUACAGGCUAAGCUGGAGUCCCUCCAAGCUGAGGCAGAGAAACUCCAGGAUGAAAAACCAGAGGAAGCCCAGGCCAUUCGGGAAAAGGUUGCAGAAAUUAACAAUGUCUGGAUGGAUCUCAAAGACAUGCUCAAAGAAAGAGAUGAGAAACUUGGAGAAGCUGGCGAGCUUCAGCGUUUCCUCGGAAGCCUGGACCACUUCCAGCAGUGGUUGUCCCGCACACAGACCACCAUCGCAUCAGAGGACAUUCCUAACAGCCUGGCUGAUGCAGAGAAACUUCUCAACCAACAUCAACAACUCAAGGAGGAGAUAGAUGCAUAUGGACCUGAGUAUGCUAAGAUCAAGGACUUUGGCGACAAGGUUAUCAAAGAGGGAGAAAAAGAUCCACAGUACAUGUUCCUUGAGCAGCGCUUGAUAGCUCUUGAUGAUGGAUGGAAAGAACUCCACCAGAUGUGGGAUAACAGACAGCAGCUUCUGUCACAAUCUCUCAAUCAACAGAUGUUCCUGAGAGAUGCAAAGCAGGCUGAAGUGCUUCUCAAUCAACAGGAGAACUUCCUGUCCAAGGAGGAUGUUCCUAGCACCGUCGGGCUGGUAGACAGACAGAAUUCAGUGCAACAAGCUGAGAAUCUCAUUAAGUCUCAUGAGGCUUUCAUCACCACCAUGGAUGCUAAUGAUGAAAAGAUAAAUGCAGUGCUACAGUUUGCUAACAGACUCAUAGAUGAAAACAAUUUUGCUGCUGACAAGAUUCAUAAGAAGGCAGAGAACAUCAAUGAAAGGCGAUGCAACAACAGACAGCGCGCUGAGGAGCAGCUUGAGAGGCUCAAGGACCAACACACACUGCAGCAGUUCCUGCAGGAGACAGAUGAGCUGAGUGACUGGCUGGCAGACAAGAUGGCUGCAGCUCAAGAUGAAACAUACCGGGAUGCGAAGAACUUACAUAGCAAAUACAUGAGGCAUCAAGCUUUCGAAUCUGAGAUUGCUGCCAACAAGGAAAGACUUGGAAAACUGAUACAGGAGGGUGAGGUCCUUCUGAGGGAGAAGCCAGAAUGCCGAGAGCAGUUGGAGCCCUUACUUGAAAACCUCAAUAAACAAUGGGAUGAACUUGAAACCACCAGCAAGUCCAAAGGAGAGAAACUGUUUGAUGCCAACCGUGCUGUGCUGUACAAGCAGAGCUGUGAUGACAUCGAUGGCUGGAUCACACAACUUGAGUCACAGGUCAUCACAUCAGAAGACUUUGGCAAAGAUCUUACCACAGUCAAUCUUCAUGUACAGAAACAAAACCGUGUGGAAAACGAGAUGAAGAUGAAGGAACAGCAGCUACAGGAGCUGGACGGUCAUGUGUCACAUCUCAAACAGCUGGAACCAGAACGCGAAGAGGAGAUAGAGAGGAGGAGGACCAUCGUAGCCGAGAGGUUUGCCAAGAUUCAGCAGCCCCUUGUACAGCGCAGGAACCAACUGGAGAAGGUGAAGCGUAUCCAUCAGUUCAUGCGAGAUGUGGAGGAUGAGAAACUCUGGAUCGCUGAGAAAAUGCCAAUUGCAGAGUCUAAAGACUAUGGCAAUAGCCUGCCAACAGUCAACCUGCUGACCAAGAAGAAUCAUUCGUUACAAGUAGAGAUAGACAACCAUGAACCACGACACCAGUCAAUAGUUGGGUGUGGCCAGGAGCUGAUAGAUGAGGAACACCCUCAGUCAGAAGAAUUCAAAGUGCUCAUUGAUGAUUUGAACAAAAGGUGGCAGGAACUCAAAGAUGCUGUUGAGUUCAGGAAGGACAGACUCAACUUGUCCGAGACGGCGCAACAAUACUUUUUCGAUGCUGCCGAGGCUGAGUCGUGGAUGAGCGAACAGGAGCUGUACAUGAUGGGAGGUGAACGGUCCAAGGAUGAGAUCGGUGCACAGAACAUGAUGAAGAAACACCAAGGUUUGGAGAGAGAUGUGGAGGACUAUGCUGAUGUGGUCCGGCAGCUGGGAGAGAGGAGUCGAAACCUCAUGGAGAUCAACCAUCCUGACAGUGAUUCCAUCGCGGUGCGCCAGUCACAGGUAGACAAACUCUAUGCUGGUCUUAAGGAUCUGGCGGGUGAAAGACGGGGCCAGAUUGAGGAAGUGCUCAAGCUCUACACACUCCGGCGAGAGAUCGAUGAUUUGUUGCUGUGGAUCCAAGAAAAAUCCAUCCAUGCUGGAUCAAACGAGCCAGGACAAGAUUACGAACAUGUUACUAUCCUUCAAGAGCGAUUCAAGGAAUUUGCCCGAGAAACUGAGAACAUGGGACAAGAACGUGUGGCGAGAGCCAAUGACAUCUGUGAUCAGCUUAUUGCUGCGGAACAUACUGAUGCUGCAUCAGUUGCUGAAUAUAAAGACACUGUGAAUGAAGCAUGGACAGAUUUACUUGAGUUGAUAGACACACGGACACAGAUGCUACAAGCUUCAUUUGAGUUACACAAAUUCUACCAUGAUUGCAAAGAUAUUCUUGAAAGAAUAUAUGAAAAGAAAAACCAGAUUCCAGAAGAACUCGGGCGUGACGCAAGGAGUGUAGCAGCCCUUCAGAGGAAACAUGCUAACUUUGAAAAUGAUUUGAUAACACUUGGAAACCACGUUGAAGCCAUCCAGACGGAGGCUGUGCGUCUCCAGGCGGCCUACGCUGGAGGCAGCAUGCAGGAGAUCCAGACCCGUGAAGUAGAGGUUGUCAAUGCAUGGAGAGAUCUGCACUUUAUGGUGGACACUCGACGGAACCGACUUGCUGACGCCAGCGACCUGUACAGGUUCCUCCUCAUGGCCAAGGAUCUCAUGCUUUGGAUGGACGACAUCACGCGGCAGAUGAAUACUCAAGAAAAACCAAGAGAUGUAUCCGGUGUGGAAUUGCUGAUGAACAACCACCAGAGUUUGAAGGCCGAGAUUGAUGCACGGGAGGAGAACUUUGCUAUCUGCAUCAACCUUGGAAAAGACCUCCUGGCAAGAAAACACUACCGUUCAGAAGAGGUCCGAGAAAAACUUAUCCAGCUUACCAUCCAGCGCCUGGAUAUGAGUGAUCAGUGGAACGAGAGAUGGGAACAUCUUCAACUUAUUUUGGAGGUGUACCAGUUUGCCCGGGAUGCUGCCGUGGCGGAAGCUUGGUUGAUGGCACAGGAGCCAUACCUACUAAACCAAGACCUAGGAGAAACAUUAGAUGCUGUUGAAAAUCUGAUCAAGAAGCAUGAAGCCUUUGAAAAAUCAGCUGCUACACAGGAAGAAAGAUUUGCUGCUUUAGAAAAAUUAACAACAUUUGAAAUGAAGGAGAGGAAACGCCGACAGGAAGAGGAGUAUGGCAAAGAACAUCCCGAGGAAGUGUCCCGUGCUAAGGAGGAGAGGAGAAGACGACACAUACAAGAGUUCCUGCCCCCAGAACCUGAACCCGAACCUGAACCUAUUGUUGAGAAACCUAUCCAAACCUCACCCCCUGAUGAGGUGGUGACGGAUGAAGCCCAGGCCCUUGUGAAUGGAGAUAAAGAAUCUGAGGGUGAGCCAGUAGAUAGAGAAGAAGUCAGCCCACGUAAACCUGUGGAAACGACACCUCAGAAAGAGGCUGUGACCCCGGUCACUUCUGCGACCUUGUCACCAGAGAGUGAGUCGCCUCAGGUGGGCGAUCGGCCGACAUCUUCCCCACGGUCGUCAACUAAGGAGAAGAAACGCUCACGCUCCAAAUCGCCUUUUGGGAAACUGUUUUCUCGUAAGAAGGAUGAAGAUGAAGGGCCUACCUUUGAAGAGCAAGCAAGCGGAGCAUCUCCUGAGGCUGUGCAUCACGAGGGAGCCCUAACGCGGAAACACGAAUGGGAGACGCAGGACAGAAAGUGUACAAACAGAUCUUGGGACAAAGUGUUCACGGUGCUACAUGGGGCUUCCCUUUCCUGCUACAAAGAUCAGAAGCAUGCUAAGUCGGACCCCAAUGCUCGUAUUCACCAUGAACCAGCAAUCGAUCUGGAAUCUGCCACAUGUCAGGUAGCAUCUGAUUACACCAAGCGACCAUUCGUAUUCCGCCUCAAGCUUGCCAAUGGAGGAGAAUACCUCUUCCAGGCAAAGGAUGAGAGUGACCGUAACACAUGGAUAGCUAGGGUGAACAUGUCGACUGGUGGAGAAGGCACCAGCAUGCCCACCAAAUCUCAGACACUGCCAGCCAGGACAGAUGAAAGCCGCAAGGAGGAACACAAAAAGAAAGGAUUUUUUACACUAAAAAAGAAAUAAAAACGCCUCACCACAGAUGAAGUUACCUAACUUUGCUUUGGUUGGAAUCUCUAUAACAUUGGCCACAGACACUCUGCAAUACCAGAACAAAUCCUGCCCCUGUUUGUGCUACUGGGUCUUUCUGUGAUCGGAAACUAUAAGACUGGAGAGAUUUUAAUCUGUAUUAUAAGACAGAGAAAGACUGAUGUUUACUGGACUGGAGACUCAACAAUUCAGGGAGAAAGGGAACAUUUUGAUCUAUUUUAUAUUUUGUUGUUCCACUGUUUUGCCACCUUUUAUGGGCUUAAUGUGGCCAUGUGUUCGUAUAUGCUGAACACUGAACAUUCCAUGCUGCCCAUUUGAUUUAAAAAGCAAACUUUUAUUGUUUUACAAUUGUACAAAUAUUUUAAAAGGUUUUACUGUGGACAAAGCCCUAUGAGCAGAGCCUGAAGAUGCUGAGUAGAAAAUUAGGUUAGCCUUUUGCUCACUGGGCGAUGUUUACAUGGGCUUGUAUGGAGCAGAUAGCCAGUGAACGUGGGAGAUUCCUUUCAAAGCAGAAACUGAUGUGGACUUGAGAUGGAAACGGAACGUCAAGGAAUGGGACAUAAUGUUAUACAUAGCAUUGAUCACUGUCGUCGUUCACUUGUUCAUCCCCAUCAGUGCUCGCUCGUCGGUGUUCAUUUUGUAAUGUCGCAUUCCAUCUAUGCAAGGCGAGUUCACCAUCAAGCCAAUACAAAUACUUGUGGCCUCAUUUUGUUGACUGGCAAAUAAGUGCAAGUCAAGAUGUCUAAAUUUAGUGACAUUUGUACCAUGUGACCAAGCUAUUCGUAUCAGAAAUCGGCAUCUCAUCCUUACCUCCUUGCUGUGACAUUUUUAGCAUGGCAGCUGUGUUGUGAAUCGUGGAUAUAUUGAGCCUUUUCAUUUUCUGGCAUUUAAUGUGUCUGUAUUUUUUAUUUGUUACCAUAUAUUGCCUAUUAUGCGCUAUACAUCAUUCACAAUUUGCCGACAACUUGCAAGCAACCAUUUUGUAGAUAGUGUAAUGUACGCAUGUUGUAAUUUUAAGGCAUUGUAGUGUCUAGUAUAUAUAAUGUCUCCAGGAAUUGUAGUUUGUUUCCAUGUCAUUGUUGGGUUGUGUUAUUGUUGACUUUGAAAGGAAACCAGAUUGCCGGGAUGGGCUAUAGGUGCAAGGAUGUACUAAAUUGAAUGUAUUCUCCAGAUUACACUGUCAGUUUAAUGGAUAAAUACCAGGCUUGUAUUACAUACUUAUGUAGGCAGAUCAUUUAAAUGCUUUUUUGUUUGUUGAAUCUUUUAAUCUAGAUAUCAAAUUAAAGUUUUAACUUUUUUUUCUUGCGAGAACUAAGGAGACCAGUGCCUGAUUGCAAUGCCUGGAUUUUUAGACCUGAACUUGAUUAUAUACAUGAAGUAUAUCUCCUCAUGCAUGUAGUUCUCUUCUAGUGCCAUGAACUUUCAUCAUUGCUGUUAAAUCUGAAUAAUCAUUGAGCUCUGCUUGGCACCAUUCUAUCUGUACGCACUCCAGUAAACUGAUUGUCUUAUGUCGCGGCAUAAUGGCAGUGUAAUAGAUGUCCAGUUGACUAUCAAAUUCUAACUCUUGUGCUUUACCCAUUCUAAAUUGGGGUGCUUCACCAGGUUUUGUAUUUGCUUACAAGGUAAAUAAACCAUACCAAACUA